GGCCUCCGAAGCUUGAAAAAAAAAACUUAAAAAACAAAUGAAAAUGACAGUGACAGCAGAUGAGAACUUGAGAAUACUUUGCAUUUGCAAUAUAUUUAUGUUAAAUUAUUAGAUUGCGUUGAAUUCAUUAAGUUUUAAACUGUUGCCCUGCUGCUAGAGAUUAAAAAGUCCAAGAUCCUAAGCCUUACCCAGAAGGCGUGGAAGCUAAGUACCGCUCGCAAAGUUUCCGUAUGUUGUUCUUGACUUGAGUGAGUAAUUAUGGAGUCUCUGUCGAAACAGGAGUUGAUUUCGACGAUUACGAAGCAAGCAGACCAAAUUAAGCGCUACGAGUCUAGACUUAGAGAUGUGGUGGCAGCAUAUAAAGGGUUGGCUAAAGAGAAGGAGGCAUUGGAGAUCAGUCUCAAGGCUUUAAAUAAAACAGAAAAUGCUGCAGAAGGAGUUUCAGAUGACUCUGUGGCUGCCCUGACCGAGUCCUUAUCCACUCUGACUGCGGAGAAGUCCCGGAUGGAGGAAGCAUUCCAGGCAGACAAAAAGGUUACAAGGGAAAAGUAUGAAAACAUGUUGUCUGCAAUGCGAGAAGAAACCAAAGCAAUGAUACAGCAACACCAGGUGGAAGUGAACAAUUUAAAGGCUAAAAUAUCCUAUGAGAUCCAGGAGCGGGAGAAUGAGAGGGCAGAUCAUGCAGCUAUGUUGAAGGAACUACACUUGAAAUUGAAUACGGAAAGGAAAACUAAGGAAAUGUUAGAAGACAGAGUUGGACAGUCAACAGAGGCUCAAUCAUCCCAAGCGGAGCUAGAAAAGCGAGUACGUGAUCUGAGCAGCUCUCUCGAGGCUGCACAAAGACGGCUACAACGCGCGGAGGCCCGCACCGUGGAGACUCCAGCUCUACUCGUGCGGCUGCAGAAUAAGCUGGCGCUGGUCGAGCAGAGCCACUCCGUCGCCAUCAGAGAGGAGCAAAUAAAAGUGAAGCGCGCCGAAGAAUCCGCCCGCAAGAUAUGCGCGCGCCAGGAGGAGCGCGUGGCGCUGCUGGAGGGCAGGCUCGCCGAGCUGUCCGCCACCGUCGGGGAGUACGACGCCAGGAGGAGGGCGGACCGGCGGCUCAUACAGUCGCUCCAGGAUGCCAUGAACGGCAGGCUGGCGGACAUCCACGAACCCCAACAAAAGAGCGAGACAGACAACGAAAAACUAGCAGACAGCGAAUAUUUACAAACGUUAAUAGACAAAAUACACAUCUUAAAAAAAGAACUCAUAUCCGAAAACGAAAAACUCGGGAACCCCAUCGACUUGACUAGCAUUUUCAAAAUGGACGCCUACGAAAACGUUCACGCUAAAUGCAUAGAGGAAUAUGACAAUUUAAAAAUGGAAUUUGAGAAGUAUAAAGCGGAUAAUGUUAAGAAGGAGGAGGUUGAUGUUAAGAGUGAGAUGGAGAGUUUGAAGAGCGAGAGGGCGUUGUUGAAGGAGAAACUGGAGACUUACGGCAUGAUGCUGGAGGACGAGCGGCAGGAUAAGGCGGAGGUUAUUAAAGCCAAUGAGGAGAAAUUAAAGUCUCAAGAAGAGUACUACAAAGAGGUAGUGUCAGAGCUGAAGACGCGGCUGCAGAGCCUGGAGAAGCAGGUGGCGACGCAGCGGGAGCGCUACGCCGCGCUGCUGGAGGAGACCGACCAGCACAUGCGGGCUAGAAACGACAGGUCCAGGAAGGUCAGCCUAGACAACUAUAAGGAAGGCCAUGGUUUGCUCACGGACGCGUCGGCGCCGCCGCACAUGCUGCACUACGCGCACGAGCUGGCGAGGAAGGACCUCGACAUCUCGCAGCUGCGCAAGGACAAACACAUCCUCGAGGGACAGUACAGAGAUCACCAGCGUGACGCUACGAUAGAGAAGGAGCGGUUUAAAGAAGUCAUCAGAACACUCAAGGAAGAAAUAGACAGACUGCGGCGCAGCCAGUCCCGCGAGGGCGCCAACCUGGAGUACCUGAAGAACGUGGUGCUCGCCUACCUGCUGCGCGCCGACGACGCCGGCCGCCGCCACAUGCUCAACGCCAUCGCCGCCGUGCUGCACUUCACCACCCACGAGAAAGACAUGGUCAUAGCCGCGUUAUGAGCGUAGACACUUGUCUCACUACGCCACACGCUACACGCGACACGCUACAUGCCACACGCCACACGACACACGCCACGCGCUACAUCCCACACGUCACACGCCACUCGUCACACGCUACACAUUACACGCCAUACGCCACACGCCACACAUCACACGCUACACGCCACACGUUACACGCCAUACUCCACACGUCACACGCUACACAUUACACGCCAUACGCCACACGAUACACGCCACACAUCACACGCUACACGCCACACGUUACACGCCAUACUCCACACGUCACACGCUACACGGUACACGCCACACGUUACUCUAAAGAACGUAGUGCGGGCGUACCCGCUAUAAACGGGCUACGCCGGCUCACGACACAUGUUAAACGCCAACGCCGCCGUCCUGCACCACCCACGAGAAGGACUUGGUUUUAGCCACAUUAUAUGUAUGUAUGUAUGUCACUUUAUUGCACAUAAACAGGUUAUCAUAAAACAAAACAAAAAAAAAAUUACGUACAAAGGCGAACUUCCAAGGUUAGGCUUAUAAGGUUAUCAAUCAUAUUGACACCAAUAUUACAGGUUGUGAGGGUUACGAAGGCAGCUGACGUUCACGAAGCUUAAUGGAAGAUCCUAUAUCACCGCCAAUAUGUAAACUAGACAAGACUACAUUAAUUAUUUAACUUACACUUUAACUUCGCAGUUAUGUUAUGUGGAGGGUAGUGUUUUGUUUAUGGCAUUAGUCCAUGAUUUAUAUAUUCCAAAAUCAUUGCACCAUUAUACACAUUAUAAUCGAGAUUGAUGUCUAGGGAACGUGAAGGAGACUAAAGUGUAUGGAAACUUGAUAAACUAUUUUUCUAUUUCAAAGUGGAAUUUACUUAUAUCUUCCUUAUUGUACUAUUUUAUUGUUUGUGUUAAAAUGACUACAAAUAAGUGUUAUAUUAAAUACAUUCCUACUCUAUUGAUACACAA